AUGUAUUUGCUUCAACACAAUCCGGCUGCUUUAAAUGCAUACUCAUGCCUACCCUGGACUUGCGGGGCGGUCUACUCAGUGUUCUUCGUUAAGAAAAGCGAUGGUGCGAACAUCGGGACAUGGCAAGAGAAAUAA